AUGUUUCCAACACGAGCUCAGUACGCGAAAAAGAAUCUGUUAUUAUGCUUUGAUGCGUUUGGAACGCUGUUCCAGCCUAACACCCCAAUUCCGCGGGCGUAUGCUCAAGCUGCCAUCAAGCAUGGCGUGAAGUGCAACACCAAGGAUCCCGUGUCAGACGUCGGCAGAGAGUUCAAGAGAGCCUUCAAAGACGCGUCGCGGAGAAACCCAAACUAUGGCAAGGCGACAGGUCUUGGCCCAGAGAAGUGGUGGAGAAACGUGAUACAAGGCACAUUUCAGCCGUGGUUAGAGCCCGGGCAAGAUGUGCCACAGAGCUUAGUCGAUGAGUUGCUGCGUCGCUACUCGACCAAAGUGGGCUAUGACAUCUUCCCUGAUGUCGUGCCGUUCUUCCAAAUGCUAAAGCAGAAGUCGUCAUCCGACGCCGUCAAAUCUUGGCCUUGGGAGAAGACCGUUGUUGGUAUCAUCACUAACUCAGACGAUCGCGUACCGGGCAUCUUGAAUUCAUUUGGUCUCAAGAUCGGCCCAAGGAGAGUGGGUACUCCAGACCAGCGUUCUGUAGACGCCAUCGCCGAAGAUGACAUCAGCUUUGUUGUGCUCAGUUACGAUGUCGGCGUCGAGAAGCCGGAUCGUGGCAUGUUCGAUGCUGCAGUCGACUCUAUGAAAGAUACACUGAGUGGAAGAGACGAUGGAUUGCAGAUAGAGGACUUUGAGAAGCUGUACGUUGGAGACUCACUGAACGAUGACUAUAAUGGCGCCAGAGGAGCUGGGUGGAAUGCGCUGAUGCUGGAUCGCAACAGCAAUCACGAAGACGCCUUUGCGGUGGAGGGCAAAGACCUCAUUUACGCAAAAGUGAAGGUGGGUGAUAGCUAUGCGAAGGUGCAUAUGGUCAGGAACUUGGAGGCACUCAAAGACUGGUCUAUAACCGAAACCUCACCUUGA